AUGUCUUUCAUCUUCACCUCCAUCUGCAAAAGGAAGUCUUCUCCCUCGUCCGCAGCCGUGAAAAAUCACCGACAAUCUCGCAACAACGUGGUCUCGAAUAGCGAGCCAACGACACCCCAUCUUCGAAUGAUGAACCUGCCAGCUGCGCACCACCAGCAAGCAGUUUUACCGUCUCCCAUGAUUACCCUACCUUCGCAACCCACACAACAAUCUGCGAAGCUGGACAGUUCCCCAAUAGUAGCUCUUCUUGACACUGGAUCUGCUCUAACGAUUGUCUCUGAUACAGUAGCUCGAAGAUUGAACGCUCAACUGUCCCAAUCUACGACGAAUGGAUCCAUCAUGAAACUACUAGGUCGAUUUACACCAAAUCUCACUAUAGGACAGAAAACAAUGCAAAUCACUUGCUAUGUCGCUUCUGAUGCAAACUGCUCUUCUCCAUUUAUUCUGGGCAACGAUGUUAUCCAACAAUUCGCACAAACAGUGUCGAUAAACUACCACUCUAACACCGUCUCUUUUGACAAGAUUAUCGUCCCAUUUACAAUAACAACUAUAACUUCCCCGCUCUUCCAGUUUACAUAG